AUGAUUUUUAUAUCUUUUUUAAAGUGGUCGAAAAAUUAUUUUCAACUAAUUAUUCCACAUUAUUUAUAUAAUGCUAAACCACCUACAUUCUCUACAAAUGUGCAAAAAAAUGAUUAUAUUGUUUGGUUAGAUAUGGAAAUGAGUGGGCUUGAUAUAAAUACAUCUCAAAUUUUAGAAAUAGCUUGUGUAAUUACUGACAAAAAUUUAAAAACUGUAAGCAAAGAUUUAAAUAUUGUCAUACAUCAAUCAGAUGAAAUAUUAAAUAAUAUGAAUGAUUGGUGUUUAGCAACUCAUCAAAAAACAGGAUUAAUUCAUGAAUCACGUUUAAGUAAAAUUACUAUACAGGAUGCUGAGCAAAUUCUACUAAAAUAUUUAAAAACAUAUGUAAAAGAAGCGACAUGUCCAUUAGCAGGAAGUUCAGUCUAUAUAGAUCGUAUGUUUCUACAUAAAUAUAUGCCAUUAGUUAAUAACUAUUUACAUUAUAGAAUUAUUGAUACUUCUACUAUUAAAGAACUAAUUAAGAGAUGGAAUAUAAAUAUAACUAUUUUAAAAAAAGAUCAUAAUCAUAGAGCAUUAUCUGAUAUAAAAGAAAGUAUAAAGGAAUUACAGUAUUAUAAAAAUAAUAUAUUUAAUUCUUACAUAUUACAAGAUAAUAUGAAAUUAUAA